GGUCGUUGGAAGCCGCUACGGUCGUGCCUCACGUUUCUCCAUGAGGGAAAUGCUGGCCACUGUGCUGUCUCAAGUAUUUUCAGGAAUGGUCCAGAAGUCAACUCUCAGAGGACUGCUGUCAUCUCUUAAGUUCUCCAACGACGCCACCUGUGACAUCAAGAAAUGCGACUUGUACCUGUUGGAAGAAGGCCCCCCCACCUCCACCGUGCUCACCAGAGAGGAGGCCCUGAAAUACUACCGGAACAUGCAGGUAAUUCGGCGCAUGGAGUUGAAGGCCGACCAGCUGUAUAAGCAGAAAUUCAUCCGUGGUUUCUGUCACCUGUGUGAUGGGCAGGAAGCCUGCAAUGUGGGGCUGGAGGCAGGGAUAAAUCCCACAGACCACAUCAUCACGUCCUACAGAGCUCAUGGCUUGUGCUACACGAGGGGACUGUCAGUGAAGUCCAUUCUCGCAGAGCUGACUGGACGCAAAGGAGGCUGUGCUAAAGGCAAGGGAGGCUCUAUGCACAUGUACGCCAAGAACUUCUAUGGGGGCAAUGGCAUUGUUGGGGCACAGGUACCCCUGGGAGCUGGUGUGGCUUUAGCCUGUAAAUACCUGAAGAAUGGUCAGAUCUGCUUGGCUUUGUAUGGCGAUGGUGCGGCUAACCAAGGGCAGGUAUUUGAAGCUUACAAUAUGUCAGCCUUGUGGAAAUUACCCUGUGUUUUCAUCUGUGAGAAUAACCGCUAUGGAAUGGGAACAGCUAUUGAGAGAUCAACAGCCAGUACUGAUUACCACAAGAAAGGCUUUGUUAUCCCUGGACUGAGGGUGAAUGGGAUGGAUAUUCUCAGUGUUCGUGAGGCGACCAAGUUUGCAGCUGAUCACUGCAGAUCCGGAAAGGGGCCCAUUCUGAUGGAGUUGCAGACAUACCGUUAUCAUGGACACAGUAUGAGCGAUCCAGGGGUCAGUUAUCGUACACGAGAAGAAGUUCAGAACGUGAGGAGUAAGAGUGAUCCAAUAAUGCUUCUCCGAGAGAGAAUGAUAAGCAACAACCUCAGCAGUGUUGAAGAAUUGAAAGAAAUUGAUGCAGAUGUGAAGAAAGAAGUCGAGGAAGCAGCUCAGUUUGCUACAACUGAUCCAGAACCACCUCUGGAAGAUUUAGCCAAUUACCUCUACCACCAAAAUCCACCAUUUGAAGUCCGUGGUGCACAUAAAUGGCUGAAGUUUAAGUCUGUCAGUUAGAGAUUUGUUAAAAUUCUUCAGUGGGACAUUUAUGGUGAACUUUAGGACAUUUUUCAACAUUGCUAAUGAAGAAAAAAUAAAACAGCUUUACAGACAAAAGUCUUAUAAGCAUUUAUAAAGAUACAUUCUUGGGUUCUUAAAGGAAUUAGAAGAUAAAAAUUUGUUUAGAGAUGUUCCACUUUCUGUUUUAACAUUGUAUUGCAAAUAGUAUGAGUAUUUUUUAGAAUAUUUUAAAUAUAAAAUUAUAAUAAGAAAAACAGGUUAAAUUCCCCAAUUUGUCAUAAUAGUUUCAUUUGAAUUUUAGUUUUGAAAUAAACACUUAAAAGAAGUA